AUGGCGUCUGCUCUUCGGAGAAAUCCCAUCACCACUGCCCUGGGUGUCAUAAUGGCGCUCGGCUUUCUGGUAUUCAUUUUCGGUGGAUCAUCGACAUCAGCACCAGCCGCUCGGCGAUCUCAAGUACCAUCAACAAAACCUUCGAAACCUCCUCCAAUUGAGCAUGUCAACAUGAACCCUAUGGCGGCCACCAGAAAUGCCGCUGCGAACAAGGAGGAGGUGUUGAUCCUGACACCAUUGAGCAAGUUUUACGAUGAAUAUUGGAAGAACCUCAAUGCGUUCACGUAUCCUCACGAGUUGAUUGAGCUGGGAUUCAUUGUGCCAAGAGGAAAGGAGGGCAAUGCCGUUUUGGCUGAAGUGGAGGAGGCCGUCAAGAAGGUGCAGAGCGGCCCAAAGAACAAGAGGUUCAAGAAGGUGCACAUUUUACGGGAUGAUCAUGACAUGCCCGUGGGUCGCGACGAGAAGGAACGUCAUGCCCUUUCGGCCCAGAAGGCUCGCCGUGGAUCUAUGGCUUUGUCUCGCAACUCUUUGCUGUUCAGUACGAUCUCUCCGACUACUGCGUGGGUGUUUUGGUUGGACGGUGACAUUGUCGAAACGCCAGCAACUAUACUUGAGGACAUGACUGGUCACGACAAGCCCAUCCUUACCGCCAACUGCUACCAGCGUUAUGAAGGCGGCGUCAGGCCGUAUGACUACAACAAUUGGCACGAGUCCCAGACCGCUUUGAACCUUGCGGCCAGUAUGAGCGAGGAUGACAUCCUUGUUGAGGGUUACCGGGAGUUGCCGACGUACAGAAGCUUGUUCGUGUACGAGUACAACGAGCAUGGCAACAAGAACACGGAGACUGAGUUGGAUGGUGUUGGUGGAACCGCCUUGUUGGUGAAGGCUGAGGUGCACAGGGAUGGAGCGAUGUUCCCAAGCUUCCCCUUUUACCAUCUGAUCGAGACGGAGGGAUUCGCGAAAAUGGCGAAGCGGUUGGGAUACCAGGCCUGGGGCUUGCCUAACUACCUUGUUUACCACUACAACGAGUGA